AUGAAAAACUUCUUCCUGGUAGUGGCGUACGUGGAGGAAGUGUCUAAAAUACUUCCAAUGAUUUUCGUCCAAAUGAAUGAGAAAAAAAACAAAAAUGAGUAUGUAGAAUUACCCCUCGUUGACAGCACGGGCUUCUUAAAUGAAGGGGCACAUGAAGCAGACCAGGAUGAGAAGAAAGACACAGGGGUGGAUAAAUUUAGAUACAUUUACGCAAAUGAUACACUGGAAUAUAUUUUUUUCUCCUUGUGCUCAUCCGCCGGAUUUUCGAGCACCGAAAAUUUACUUUACGCUGCCCAGGCGACAAGGCAGAACUUUUUAUCCAUAAUUGUGUUAAGAAAUUUGAUCUGCGUGCUGUUCCACAUGAGCUGUUCCGGAGUAGCGUCUUACAAUAUUGCCACGCGAGUGAAACAGAAAAGUUGUGCUGCCAAUUUGCUGGGCGUCCUGGGCUGCCUCUUCACUUCUUCCCUCUUCCACGCAUUGUAUGACUACUCUAUUUUUUUCAGUUCGUUUAGUAUCCCCGCGUAUCAAGCUUCCUUUUUGACCCUGUUGUUUGUGUAUUGCUUCUUCUGCAUGCUGCUCAUCUUUUCCGUUCUUGUGAGGCGCUCCGCGAAGGGGAGAGGGGGGGGUCACUCGUGCGGAUGAGCGGGAGUGACAACGAAGGGGAGUGCGUAAAUGAAUACGCAAGUGUUUGCCCAAGUGAGUACCCUAGUGAGCACCCCCAUACGCAGGUGCACAUCCGCAACGGUGCGUGUCCCCCCUUCUGCGCAAUUUGUCUUUUUAUUUUUUCCGUCAUCUCAUAAUUAAAAGAGCCACCACCCACAUUUUUGUGCAUGUGUUGUUUUCAAGAGACUACUACCAAUUGGGGAAAUGCUCCAUUUGUGAGAAUUCCAUUUUGUUAAUUAUUUAUUUUUUCCCAUUUGGGAUG